UUGAGGAUGGAGCCGUCCCAACCUCUGCGGCGGCUCCCGGGGGCUCGGAGGCUCCAGCUCUUGCUGCUGAUGCUGUUGCCUGAAUGGUGCUGGGGCAAAUACGUGAAAGGCAAUCUUAGCACCAAGGAGGAUUGGGUCUUUCUGACUAGAUUCUGCUUCUUUUCCGACUAUGGACGCCUGGAUUUCCAGUUCCGCUACCCGGAGAACAAAUGUUGUCAAAACAUUCUUCUUUAUUUUGACGAUCCUUCCCAGUGGCCGGCUGUUUACAAAAAGGGAAAUAAGGAUUGUCUGAUGAAAGAAUCGGUUAUCCGUCCCGAAAACAAUCAAGUUAUCAACCUUACAACCCAGUAUGCCUGGUCUGGGUGCAAGCUGGUGACCGAAAAUUCAGUUCGCUUUCUGAGUUGCACAAGCGGGAGAAGUUUCCGUUCCGUCCGGGAACGCUGGUGGUAUGUGGUUCUCAGCAAAUGUGGGGGCGACGGCUUGGAACUGGAAUACGAGAUGAUUUUGACAAACGGCAAAUCGUUCUGGACGCGUCACUUUUCUGCUGAUGAAUUUGGUAUCCUGGAAACUGACAUCACUUUCCUACUUAUAUUCAUCCUGAUCCUCUUCAUCUCUUGCUAUUUUGGCUAUCUGUUGAAAGGCCGGCAACUUUUGCACACCACAUACAAGAUGUUUAUGACAGCAGCUGGAGUAGAGGUGCUCAGCCUCAUGUUCUUCUGCAUAUACUGGGGCCAGUAUGCAAGUGACGGGAUUGGAAACGACAGUCUUAAGAUCUUGGCCAAGCUCCUUUUUUCCGUCAGUUUUCUGAUCUUCCUCUUGAUGCUUAUCCUCCUGGGAAAAGGAUUCACAGUUACCAGGGGCCGGAUCAGCCACACGGGCUCCAUCAAGCUCUCGGUAUACAUGACCUUGUACACCAUCACUCAUGUUGUGUUGUUUAUCUACGAAGCUGAGUUCUUCGAUCAGGCACAAGUACUUUACACAUAUGAAUCUCCAGCUGGAUAUGGCUUGAUCACUCUGCAGUUUGUGGCUUACAUCUGGUUCUGCUAUGCCAUACUCAUCACUCUCAAGCAAUUCCCGGAGAAACAACCCUUCUAUGUGCCAUUCUUUGCUGCUUACACCCUCUGGUUUUUUGCUGUCCCGGUCACCGCGCUUAUCGCUAACUUUGGCAUACCAAAGUGGGCUCGAGAGAAAAUAGUGAACGGCAUUCAACUGGGGAUUCAUCUGUACGCCCACGCAGUCUUCCUGAUUAUAACCAGGCCCUCAGCGGCCAAUAAGAACUUCCCGUAUCACGUGAGGACGUCGCAGAUCGGGAUUGUCGAGGAGGCUGCCACGGGGGCCAAAUUCCCGCACCACGUCUACGGCAACGUGACUUUCAUCAGUGACUCAGUGCCCAACUUCACAGAGCUGUUCUCCAUCCCUCAGAGUACGGGAAGCAACACCAGCAAUACGCGCAAACCAAUGGAAGACACCUCCUCUGCUGAUCGUAGCCUGACCUCCAACUGCGUGGUCACUACCUCUGAGCUCAGCGGUGCCCCUGUGCUGUUGAAGCCAUCGCUGGGGAACGAGAGUCAGCCUCCGCCCUACCAGCUCCAUGCGCCCCAACUACACCAACAUAAUGGCUACACCGAGUAUUUUAGCAUGCAUACAACCGGCGCCCGGCCGGUGUAAAGGGUCUCUUGACUCUCCCUCUUGGCUGUGCUGAUUCCUAUCUCGACAUUUUCUGGGGGUCCCUUUCUCAAGACAAUGGCACUCCCAUCCUUGGUUUCUCUCCUGGGACCCCUUUCACCUGUGGCCUCUUUCCCUUUUGUCUAAUCCUGUCUUCUUGAGAUCCUCCAGAGAGACAAGAUAGGGAGGGUGGAUGGGGUCACUUCAGCCCUACUUUCCCCACACUUCCUGACUCCUUCGCUAAUGAUCCAAUUAGUCUGUAGGUCAAGGAUCCUUCCCCAUGGGACAGUCUUAAGCUUUCCCAACCUCCCUCUGGGGUUGCUUCUUUGAAGGGAAGCCAAGCAUUGAAUGAACAUGGGUGGAAAUUCUCUUCUAGUUCAAUCAGAGCAGAGGUGGCCAAGUGUGGCCACUUUACCAUCUGUGGACUUCAACUCCCAGAAUUCCUCAGCCGGCACAGCUGCCUCAAGGAUUCUGGGAGUUGAAGUCCACAGGUCGUAAAUUUAGAGUGACAAGACAGGCCCAUCUUCGGCUGAGUUUUUCCUGUAGACCAGUGGUGUUUCUCAACUUUUUGGCAACUUGAUGAGGAGUGGACUUUCAACUCCAUGGCUGGCUGGAGAAUUCUGGGAAUUGAAGUCCACACGGCUCAAAGUUGCCAAGGUUGAGAAACACGGCUGUAGACCGAGAUCAUCUAGUUUUUCUCAGCCUCCAUUGUGAUUUCAGUGGUUUUCCUGUCUGGAUCCCACAAUGAGGAACCAGAUUCGCCUUGUAAUUAUAUCUCCAUGUUACAUGACUCCAUAUUAACAUCUUUUGGUCCACUUUUUUUUUUCUCUUUCUGCUACCUUGUGAAGAUAGUUCGAAUCUUCUAGGUCCCUCUGCCCUGGUUUCCCCCGGGUAAUGAUGUUGCCCUCGAUAGUUCCUAGGAACUAAGUUACCCUGUGGUAAA